GCGCACCCACCCCCGCACUACCCACCUUCUUCCCCGCACGGCCCACGACCCAACCUCCCUCUCUACCUUCUACCGCUGACACAGCUCACCACCCUCGCCACAAUCCCCUCCCGCACUGCCGCCCUGAGCCUCCACCGUCGCGCAACCCCACGCGCUCCUCCACCUUCUUCCCUGUCAGGGCCACUGCGCCACCAGAACCACCGCUCCCCCACCUUCUUCUCUGCCGGGGCCCCCGCACCGCCAGAAACCCCACUCCCCACCUUCUUCCUGGCACCGCCGCCGCCAGAUCUCCCGUGCCCCGGCCACCGUGGCUCCAACCACCGUCUCCCCGCUCCGCCCCUCCCCUGGCCACCAGCACUUCCUUCGCGCAAAAAGGGCCGCCGAGCACCGCAUCCGGCCGUGGGUUCGCGAUGAGAAUCCACCGGAUCCGGCCUCCCAGAUGGCUGCGGCCGUGGAGCGUCGAGGUCACCGUGGCCCUCUCCUCCCCAGAUCCGGUGAGCCCCUCAUGGCCCUCUCCUCCCCAGCUCGUGCGCCGAUGGCGACAUCCAGCGGGUCAGGGCGAACCUCAUCCGGCUUCUUCCCCCGCCGGCACCGCAGCUGGUCGCACCUCUUGGUGCCCCUCGGGCUGAUCUCGCGCCGCCCCUGCCCAGCAUCACCCAUCCCCCACGCCCAGAUCCGCCAUUCGUCCUCGAUCUAGAUCAAGUCGACGAUGAGCCCUCUCCUCGUGGCGGUCUCCGGCGAGACCCUCAUCUGCGCCACCCGUAGGUACUCGGGCGCCACCCCACCACGUGCAGCUUGGUCGUGGCCCCCGUGCAACUCGAUCAUGGCCCCCGUGCAGCUCGGUUGCGGCCCCCGUGCAGCUUGGAAAGGGCCCCUGUCUUCGUGCAGACGACGUGACGAGGAGAUCCGGCAGUCUGCGGCCAGCGGGUGGCGGCUGCCUCUGUCCUCCUCUUCCCCUACGCCCGAGCAGCAACAGGAAGAUGGCGUUGCUGUGAAGUGCGCCUCUGUUUGCAGUUCCGUUGGUGCCUUUGCCACGCGAGAUGCAGGUGGCUCCCCUCUCUCUGUAACCUGUCUCCACCUACCUUCCAUUGACGAUGAUUCAGUGGAGGAUGACACCACGACGAGCAGAGGAGGGGCUCCACCCCCAGCUCCCGUGCAGUUCACUCGACGCAUCCGUGCUGUGCGGAGCGCAUCAGCGUGCAUCACUGGCUGUGUGUGCAGUGCUCACCUGAUGCGAUUCAGUUUUUUCUGGUGUGUUUAGUUUUACAGUGUGGUGCAGCUCACUCUUGUUUUGUUUUGCAGCUCACUUUUUUUUCUCCUAGAAAUCAUCUACAGUGCAACACUCACUAAAGAAAGAGAAGAGAACAUCGAUGUUCAUUUGAAGUUUGAUUUGUUGUUUAUGGGAAACACAUAGAGAAAAAGGGUACUAAGAAUGGAUGGUCAUUUUGUAUAAGCAAGUCUUUCCCUAGUGGAGUUUUGUUGGGUACUGCAACGUCGAUUCUGCUGUGUACUAGAUGCUUGUGUGGCUGUGUAAAAAAUAAUGAGUGCAUAUGUAUGUUUUUAAGUUCACUUUGUUCUA